ACUUCCACCACAUUGACUUUAUGUGGCUUUGACUGAUGUAUAAUUGUGUGCACCACAAUGAAAGUAUCACUAUAUGCAAGUAGACCGAUUUUGAUCUGUAAAGUCUGUGUAUAUAUCACAUUGUGAAAGGAGUACCACAGAAACCAAGUUGAUUUUCUUACCUAUACUACAAAAGAACAACUUGAUUACCAUAAAACAAGGGAAGGGUAGAGGUCCAAAUUCUAGAAAUAGUACUAUGUACCAGGAUCCAAAGAAACCUAAGUUAAUUGCUCUAGGAAGAGCUACUGCAGUAAACCGCUUCUGUAUGACAUGCUCAUAUAUCCUGAUUAUUUCAUCACAAAUCUGUUUGUCAACAGAUAAAUUGACUAAAGAUAGUCCUAUCUCCUUGGGACGUACUCUUGUCUCUACCAAUCAAGUUUUUGAGCUCGGAUUCUUCAGUCCAGGUAACUCCACUAACCGAUAUAUUGGUUUAUGGUACAAAAAUGUUACUACUAGAGAUAUUAUAUGGGUUGCAAACAGAGAGAAUCCACUCAUAGUUUCCGACACAAAUUGUAGCCUAACUAUCGGAAGCGAUGGGAACAUGAGAAUCCUAGAUGGUGAGAGGAACACUGUCUGGUCGACAAAUCUAACGGUACGGGUUAACGAAACAAUUGCACAGCUUACGGAUAUGGGAGAUUUCUCUCUUAAUGAUACCCUCUCGGGAUCGAGCUUGUGGGAAAGUUAUGACAAUCCUGGUAACAGUCUAUUACCAGGCAUGAGGCUUGGGACAAUUGGAAGAACACAACGCAAUAAUAUAUUGACUUCAUGGAAAAGUAAUGAUGAUCCAGCCACUGGAAACUUUGUAGUCGGGCUUUCAGCAGAGCAGCCACCGCAAGCAUUUAUAUGGAAUGGUUCAAAGCCGUACUGGAGAGGUGGGCCCUGGGAUGGAGGGAGAUUUAUAGGUAUACCUGAGCAAGAGUCUGGGUAUUCGAAUCUCAUGAGUCUCAUGCCUGAUAACUCACAAUCAGGAGCCUAUCUCGUUCUUAACCUUCGAAGCGUACUUGAUCGUCAAUGGUUUUAUUUAAAUCCUGAGGGUGUGUUACGGCUGUAUUACUGGGAGGAUGAUACUAAAAUGUGGGACUUUCAUUGGGCAAAACCGACAAAUUCUUGUGAUUUUUAUGGAGUUUGUGGUGCUUUUGCAAUUUGUACGAAUAAGUCUCCAAUUUGUGAGUGCUUGAAAGGGUUUGUGCCACAGUCCAGUGACGAGUGGAGCAAAAGUAACUGGACUAGGGGUUGUAUGCGGCGAAGUGAACUUUUGUGUGAGAAGAAUGAAAGUAGUUUAGCUAAUGGAAACAAUAAGCCUGACGAGUUCCAGAUUCUAAGAGGGGUCAAGCUCCCAGAUCAUUAUCACUAUUUUCCAAGCAUGGAUAGUGAUGCAUGCAAGCGCUGGUGCUUGCGUAACUGUUCUUGUAAGGCAUAUACCUUUGUGACCGGCAUUCACUGUUUGGCUUGGACAGAAGACCUAGUGGAUAUCGAACAGUUCCUAUCUGGGGAUCAGAAUCUUUUCUUGCGUCUAGCUUUUGCAGAAAUAGGAAAAGAAACGCGAGGAGCAACAGUUUUUAUCACUCUCACGACCAUUGGUGGUGUACUUUUCUUAGGUGGUUUCGUGUUUUGUUUAUACAGAUGGAAAACAUACAAGAAAGGAAGGAAAAUCAACAUAUAUAGAUUUCAUUUAGAGGAUCCUAUUGGUUUGAGGGACACAUUACAAGAGGAUGCCCUUAGCCAAGAGUCUUUUGAAUUGCCUACAUAUGAGUUUAAACAAAUAAUAGCUGCCACUGAAAACUUUAGCUUCAGAAACAAACUUGGUGAAGGAGGAUUUGGACCCGUUUACAAGGGAAUGCUAGAUGAUGGGCAACAGGUAGCAGUGAAGAGGCUGUCAGGUGACUCUGGGCAAGGAAUUGGAGAGUUUAAGAAUGAAAUAUUGUUGAUCUCCAAGCUCCAACACAGGAACCUUGUAAAACUUUUAGGUUGCUGCAUUGAAGGGAAAGAGAGAUUAUUAAUUUACGAGUAUAUGACCAACAAAAGCUUGGACACUUUUCUCUUCGAUCCAAAGAAACGCACACAACUUGAUUGGGCAACUCGUUUCAACAUUAUUCAGGGCAUUGGUCGUGGACUUAUUUAUCUCCACCGUGAUUCUUGUUUAAGGAUUAUACACAGGGACUUGAAGUGUAGCAAUGUUCUGCUUGAUGAUAAAAUGAAUCCCAAGAUAUCAGACUUUGGAUUGGCACGAAUUUUCCAAAUGACCCAAGAGCUGGCAAAUACUCGCCGAAUUGUAGGAACCUACGGCUAUAUGUCUCCUGAAUAUGCCAUGGGAGGAGUAAUGUCAGAGAAAUCAGAUGUAUAUAGUUAUGGAGUAAUGCUAUUAGAGAUUAUGAGUGGCAAAAGGAACACUGCAUUUAUACACCAGGAACAAGUCUAUCUUCUUGCACAUGCAUGGAAGUCAUGGAGUGAAGGCAGGGGAAUAGAAUUGAUGGACCACGUGCUGACAGAGUCAACUUGUAUAUCAGAAGGUUUAAGAUGCAUACAUGUCGGACUUCUUUGUGUUCAGGAUCUGGCGAAGGAUAGGCCUACGAUGGCAGAAGCAGUUUCUAUGUUAAGCAGUGAAACUGAUCUUCCAGAGCCCAAAGAACCAUUAUUUACUUUGCAAAGGCUAUCGGGUACCAGCAUUGGACAGGGACCCAAUAACAUGUGUUCUGUAAAUGAAGUCACUAUAUCCAUGGCUGUAGGGAGAUAUAUAUUGACUAAAGAUAGUCCUAUCUCCUUGGGACGAACUCUUGUCUCUACCAAUCAAGUUUUUGAGCUCGGAUUCUUCAGUCCAGGUAACUCCACUAACCGAUAUAUUGGUUUAUGGUACAAAAAUGUUACUACUAGAGAUAUUUUAUGGGUUGCAAACAGAGAGAAUCCACUCACAGUUUCCGACACAAAUUGUAGCCUAACUAUCGGAAGCGAUGGGAACAUGAGAAUCCUAGAUGGUGAGAGGAACACUGUCUGGUGGACAAAUCUAAUGGUACGGGUUAACGAAACAAUUGCACAGCUUACGGAUAUGGGAGAUUUCUCUCUUAAUGAUACCCUCUCGGGAUCGAGCUUGUGGGAAAGUUAUGACAAUCCUGGUAACAGUCUAUUACCAGGCAUGAGGCUUGGGACAAUUGGAAGAACACAACGCAAUAAUAUAUUGACUUCAUGGAAAAGUAAUGAUGAUCCAGCCACUGGAAACUUUGUAGUCGGGCUUUCAGCAGAGCAGCCACCGCAAGCAUUUAUAUGGAAUGGUUCAAAGCCGUACUGGAGAGGUGGGCCCUGGGAUGGAGGGAGAUUUAUAGGUAUACCUGAGCAAGAGUCUGGGUAUUCGAAUCUCAUGAGUCUCAUGCCUGAUAACUCACAAUCAGGAGCCUAUCUCGUUCUUAACCUUCGAAGCGUACUUGAUCGUCAAUGGUUUUAUUUAAAUCCUGAGGGUGUGUUACGGCUGUAUUACUGGGAGGAUGAUACUAAAAUGUGGGACUUUCAUUGGGCAAAACCGACAAAUUCUUGUGAUUUUUAUGGAGUUUGUGGUGCUUUUGCAAUUUGUACGAAUAAGUCUCCAAUUUGUGAGUGCUUGAAAGGGUUUGUGCCACAGUCCAGUGACGAGUGGAGCAAAAGUAACUGGACUAGGGGUUGUAUGCGGCGAAGUGAACUUUUGUGUGAGAAGAAUGAAAGUAGUUUAGCUAAUGGAAACAAUAAGCCUGACGAGUUCCAGAUUCUAAGAGGGGUCAAGCUCCCAGAUCAUUAUCACUAUUUUCAAAGCAUGGAUAGUGAUGCAUGCAAGCGCUGGUGCUUGGAUAACUGUUCUUGUAAGGCAUAUACUUUUGUGACCGGCAUUCACUGUAUGGCUUGGACAGAAGACCUAGUGGAUAUCAAACAGUUCCUAUCCGGGGAUCAGAAUCUUUUCUUGCGUCUCGCUUUUGCAGAAAUAGGAAAAGAAACACGAGGAGCGACGGUCUUUAUCACUCUCACGACCAUUGGUGGUGUACUUUUCUUAGGUGGUUUCAUGUUUUGUUUAUACAGAUGGAAAACAUACAAGAAAGGAAGGAAAAUCAACAUAUAUAAAUAUCAUUCAAAGGAUGAAAUUGGUUUGAGGGACACAUUACAAGAGGAUGUCCUUAGCCAAGAGUCUUUUGAAUUGCCUACAUAUGAAUUUAAACAAAUAAUAGCUGCCACUGAUAACUUUAGCUUCAGAAACAAACUUGGUGAAGGAGGAUUUGGACCCGUUUACAAGGGAAUGCUAGAUGAUGGGCAACAGGUAGCAGUGAAGAGGCUGUCAGGUGACUCUGGGCAAGGAAUUGGAGAGUUUAAGAAUGAAAUAUUGUUGAUCUCCAAGCUCCAACACAGGAACCUUGUAAAACUUUUAGGUUGCUGCAUUGAAGGGAAAGAGAGAUUAUUAAUUUACGAGUAUAUGACCAACAAAAGCUUGGACACUUUUCUCUUCGAUCCAAAGAAACGCACACAACUUGAUUGGGCAACUCGUUUCAACAUUAUUCAGGGAAUUGGUCGUGGACUUAUUUAUCUCCAUCGUGAUUCUUGUUUAAGGAUUAUACACAGGGACUUGAAGUGUAGCAAUGUUCUGCUUGAUGAUAAAAUGAAUCCCAAGAUAUCAGACUUUGGAUUGGCACGAAUUUUCCAAAUGACCCAAGAGCUGGCAAAUACUCGCCGGAUUGUAGGAACAUACGGCUAUAUGUCUCCUGAAUAUGCCAUGGGAGGAGUAAUUUCAGAGAAAUCAGAUGUAUUUAGUUAUGGAGUAAUGCUAUUAGAGAUUAUGAGUGGCAAAAGGAACACUGCAUUUAUACAUCAGGAACAAGUCUAUCCUCUUGCACAUGCAUGGAAGUUAUGGAGUAAAGGCAGGGGAAUAGAAUUGAUGGACCACGCGCUGACAGAGUCAACUUGUAUAUCAGAAGGUUUAAGAUGCAUACAUGUCGGACUUCUUUGUGUUCAGGAUCUGGCGAAGGAUAGGCCUACGAUGGCAGAAGCAGUUUCUAUGUUAAGCAGUGAAACUGAUCUUCCAGAGCCCAAAGAACCAUUAUUUACUUUGCAAAGGCUAUCGGGUACCAGCAUUGGACAGGGACCCAAUAACAUGUGUUCUGUAAAUGAAGUCACUAUAUCCAUGGCUGUAGGGAGAUAAAGAACAAUGAAACAUUAUAUGGAUUUGUAUUCAAGGUAUUAUCAAUAGUUUUAGUUUGAUAAAAUGACCUUCUUAAAAGGAUCUAGAACAAGAGUUAAUAUCUAUAUAUUCGUGUCACAUCUUUUUUGCU